AUGAUUGAUCCUAUUCUUGAUUUGGUCAGUGAAGAAGUUAAGCUCCAUCCAUGCCAGGUUCAGGCAGAUUGUCCUUGGUGCAAUGGUAUGGAAUAUAGCCAUUCAAGUACAUAUUUAUGCAUGCAUAGAGAAAUUCUCGAUUUUGCAAGAUGGAUUUUGCCAACAGAAGAAGAAAAACAUCUCAGAUACUUGGUUAUCAAACGUUUUCGUGUAGCAAUUAAUCAAUUAUGGCCAAAUGCUAAAGUUAUUUGUCACGGAUCUACUGCAACAGGAACAUUUUUACCUAAUGGAGAUUUAGAUUUCUGUGUUCUUGGAGCUCCUUCAGGCAAUGAUGAAGAUUUACUGACAGAACUCAACGAUCACCUUCAAGCACUUCAAGUUGUUUCGAAUUCCGCUGUUAUCAAGGCAAAGUGUCCGAUUAUAUCUGGUACAGAGAAGCCAUUCAACUUCAAAAUCGAUAUUUCCAUCAAUAAUGAAAAUGGAGUCUUAAAUAUUAAGCGAAAUCAAUACUAUUUCAGCCAUUAUCCGACAUUACUUCCUCUUGUUAUGCUUAUGAAGAUAUUCCUUCUUCAAGAACACCUCGAUGAACCAUACAAAGGUGGAAUUUCAAGUAAUACUUUAAUUCAACUUUGUCUUUUCAUUAUACAGGCAUCGAAGAACGACAUCAAUAUGAAUCUUGGUCGUCUUAUUUGCAGUUUCUUCAGUAUUUUCGGAAGAAAUUUCAAUUACUUUACAACAGGAAUUUCCACACGCGAAGGAGGUUCAUUAUUCUCCAGAGUACAAGCAGAUAGGAUGCAAUUUAAGUCUCCUAUUACAUUGUGCAUUGAAGAUCCACAACUUCCAGGAAAUUUCCUCGGAGAAAACGCUUUUGCCACUCCACACUUCCGAAAUGCUUGUAAUGAUGCAUUUACACGUAUAUUCAGAAGUAAUGGCCGUUCUCCAUCAAUUCUUCUUAGAUUUAUCAAUUAUCCGAAGUUUCUCAUUUCCAUCAGAGAACAGCUUCAGAAACAGUACCAGUCAUUAUUAGGAACUGCUGUUGAAGGUAUCAAGCUCUCUCUUGGACCGAAGAACGACAGAGAUAAUAAUGACAGAGGAAACAGGUACCAUGAUGACAGGAGUUACAGAGAUGAUAGGUAUCGUGAUGAUAGAAGUUAUAGAGAUGAUAGAGGACCAAACAGAAACAAAGAUGACAGAAAUUUCAACAGAAAAAGCGAAUGGGGCAGACAACGCUCAUACAACAGACGCGAUGACUUGGAUGAUGAUAAUAAUUCUUAUCAAAGAAGGAAUUCAAACAAGGAUAGACGUGGAUAUCGUAAUUGA